AUGGCCCUCUCCUUUAUGUUGUGGAACGCCCGAUCCCUUCUCCGCAAAACGCAGGAACUAGAAACCCAUUUAGGUGACACCCUCCCAUCUGUGGUCGGCAUAUGUGAGACCUGGCUUCCCCUCAUCUUUCUCUCCUUUCCGGGAUACAACAUCAUCCGCAAAGAUCGUGGUCAAGGACGUGGAGGAGGUGUCCUUCUCGCCAUCCAUGACUCCCUCGUCUCAUCGCCUCUCCUAUCCCUCAGUCUCAAGAUGGGCGUCUGGAGGUUGUUGCGCCAGGGUUGGACUUGGUGGUGGCUGGCUCACGGUGGCAGCCUGCUACAAUCCUGGGGUACAGCUGGCCACCGAGAGUUUAUGCACUACUUCUCCGCCCUGCAGCCUCCAGUGCUUAUAAUGGGGGACUUUAACGCCCAUCAUACAUGUUGGGAGCCUGACCUGUCACCUCACCACCACAACACAUCUGGCAAUGCUCUCUUCCAAGCCUUGUUAGAUCUAAAACAUGUCUCCCUCCUCAGCCCUCCCGGACUAGCGACCAGGUUUCAUCCCCAUACUGGUGCCGCCUCGGUGCUCGACCUGUUCCUUGGAGACCCUACCUUCAAGGACUCCACCUUCUGCACUGGACCUUACAUGGGCAGCGACCACCUCCCUCUCCUCGCCUCCCUCCCACAAGUCUCCCCACAGCCCCAACCUGGCUGCAUGCCUCGCUGGAGGCUCAAUUCUUCUGGCUGGCCCCAGUACGUGGCUGUGCUUCCUCCUCACUGGACACCCAACAUCUUCCCCUGGAUGAAGCCGCAACAACCAUUGCUGGGGUGCUGUCCGAGGCUGGCACAGCUGCCUUCCCACUCAUCACCCGUCGUCAUCCACGCCGCCCUGGGAAGCCCUGGUGGGAUGCAGCCUGUGCGCAGGCAGUACAGGACCGUCGCCAGGCUUGGAAUCAGUGGCGUAGGACCCCCACUAUCCAGGCUGGCCGUGCUUACCGCCGCCUGGACGCCAUCUGUGCCAAGACCAUCCUCAAGGCAAAGCGAAAUGCAUGGGACCUGCACUGCUCCACUCUCCUUCCGCUCCUCUCCCAAGAGUACCAUGUCCUUUCUCCGCUCCAUGGAGGGCAAGUUCGUAUCUCAGAACAUCCCAUUUUCUGAUGAUGAUUCUACCCCACUCGCUGACCCUGAAAAAGCAAAAAUCUUGUCAGAACACUUCCACCUCAAGAUUGGUUUACCUCCUCCUCUUCGUCCGCCUCCAACCCUUACUUCAGUUAUUGAAACUGCCGUCUCCUCUCCAGCUCUCCCAUCCCUUGCUCAACCAUUCAAGCCUCAUGAACUCUCCUCAGCCUUAGCUACAUUAAAACCCGCAUACAGGCCCAUCAGCCUCCUCUCCUGCAUUGGGAAGCUGCUGGAGAGGUUAGUCAACACCCGCCUCACCUGGUGGUUAGAAGCUAACAACAAGCUAGCAGAGGAGCAAUGUGGCUUCCGCCCUCACCGGAGUACCCUGGAUGUGCUGGGGCAAAUUGAGUAUCACAUCUGUGACACUUACCGCCAGCGUCAAGUCAUGAUGGCCCUCUUCCUUGACCUGGAGGGAGCAUUUGAUUCUGCACCACAUGAGGGCAUCCUAUACAAGCUGGCACUCAUGGGCAUCACUGGCACCACCCUUGCCUGGGUGCGCGACUUCCUCACCGGUCACUCAUUCCAAGUGGCUGUUGGUGCAUCACUGUCACCUUCCCAAGGAAUUCAUCGUGGCGUACCUCAGGGAUCCAUUCUUAGCCCCCUUCUGUUCAAUGUUCUUCUCUCUGACCUACAGGUUCCUACCCACUCUCACCUUCUCUAUGCUGAUGACAUUACCAUCAUCAGUCGAGCACCCACACUCUCCGAGGCCCAGGACCACCUGCAGGAGGCUGCCACUGCCUGGGGUGCAUGGAUGACAACCUGGGGGCUACAAGUCAGUGCCUCAAAGAGCUCUCUCAUGUGUUUUACCAUGAAAAAGCUUCCAACUCCACCUACCGUCAACUUAAGUGGGGAGGCUGUUCCAUACUCAACCUCACACACCCUCCUCGGACUGCGGCUGGAUGGCCCUCGCCUCUCCUGGGUAAAUCACAUCAGUUACCUCCGCACCUCCUGCAACAAACGCCUCGAUGUGAUGAAGCGAAUAGCUGGCAUCCGCUGGGGAGCCAGUCGUGACCUGCUCCUCCACUACUAUAAGACCACCAUCAGGGCCAAAAUGCAGUAUGCCAGCUGCUUCUAUGGGUCAGCUGCCUACUCCAACCUUCUCAAGCUUGACCCCAUUCAAAACGCUGCCUUGAGGAUCUCUAUGGGGGCCAUGAGUUCCUCCCCAGUUGUUUCUCUACAAGCAGAGAGUGGUAUUCCUCCACUGUCCACCCACAGACGGAUGACCUUGUGCCAACAAUACUACAGGAUACUGGGCCUGCCUGCCUCCCACCCCCUCUCUACCCUCCACUCCAACUCAGGGGUGGAUCAGCAAGCUCCUGUAUGGCUCCCCGCUGCCCGUCAGCCACUAAUAGUGCGUGCCCUGCUCAGCCUAACCAUUCUCCACUUACCACCACCACCUCCACAGCCUGUCAAUCCCUACUCACCUUUUCCUUCAUGGCUGGACGUCACCCAUAAUUUUGCUCUCCACGUUCCUGGGCUUCCUCCCAAACCAUCUGUGAGUGGAUUAGCAGCAGCCCACUUCCAACAGCUGGACCGGUCCAUUUAUCACCACCACCUCAAGAUCUACACGGACGGCUCCAGAGAUGCUUCCCUGCCCUCCUCGGCAGCAGCUAUAUAUGACGCCAGUACAGCUAUCUGUAAGACAUGGAGGCUUCCUGAGUACACAGAUGUCCUUACCACGGAGCUCUUUGCCCUUCUCCAGGCCCUCAUCUACCUCCGCACCUCUCACCCGAAGUCCAUGGUGGUAAUUUACACCGACUCCCGCUCAUCUCUCUCUCUCCUCCUGUCCCGGCAGCCAUCCUCCGCCACAACCCUCGUCCACUCCAUCCAGAACACCUUCCUCCAUCUCCUGAACACUGGCUGGGAUAUCACCUUCCAGUGGCUUCAUUCUGCCAAACGGCUCUUAUCUCGCCUCUGCCACUCAUCCUGGGACUCUUCACUCAACAACGCACUCCGAGUCACCUCUAUGGGCCUUUACCGUAGCGACUCAUCUCCACAGCCUUGGGUCAGGAAACAGUCCCGCAUCCUAGAUGUAGCACUCACCCGCCUCCGUCUGGGCCACACAAGACUCACAGCACACCUGCAUCGCCUUGGUCUAUCACCGGACCCCUACUGCCCCUGGUGCAGGACGGUCGAGGAAACCAUCGAACACUUCCUCUUACACUGCCCCCGCUUCCACUCCCACCGUGUUGUGCUUCGUGAUCACCUUGCUGCCUUGGGUGUGUCUACCUUUGACCUGCCCACCCUGCUGGCGGCGGCAGGCGUCUACUCCUCACACCAAGCUGCGGUUAUCCGCCUCACCUGCGUCUUCCUGAAGAAGUGUGGACAACUACCCCGCCUGUGA